CCGCCGUGUGCCCUGCUCUCGACACUAUCAACAUCACGUACACAUCGAGCUCGUCGUUGCGGCCGACGACGACGCCUGCAGGAAAUCAGGCAGCAGGGCUACUUGACUCCUCACAUCGGUCUAGCGACGUCCGCACACAACCUGAACUACUAUCUUUCGAUACCCCUGAUCUUUGAGCUUCGAAGCUCGAAUUUGGAUUCUUGAACCAGAGAUCUAGCCUGGAUUCUGGAUCUUGACAGGCGUCGACGCUUUGCAAGAUGUCGUCUACCCGUUCAUACCGCUUGGAAACACAGCGACGCCCACCACCACCUCCCCUUCGUCUGGGAAGCAACCAGUCCAAGAGAUCAUCCCUUGCUGGUGCAGCAAUCACUGACACAUCAGACCAACUACUCUAUGACAUUCCUACGGCAUCCCCCUUCUCGCCUCCUGCCGCUGCAGCGAACUCUAGAGUCACCUCCCCCACCUCCCCCACAUUUUCUCCGAGAAACUCACGAAGUCGACAUAAGAGUCCGCCUCCAAAGGCUCGGACCAGAUCAGCUACUCCUUCAAAAGGUCGAGGGGAUCUCGAGGCGUUUGCUCAGAACUGUCGAAAAUGGUUUUUUGAGCAGGAUGAAGAGGCUGGACGUCUCAUGACUGCUACGAUGGCAAAUGUCCCAUCUCACCAGCGUGCUCCAUUCACAAGGCUGCAAGCCUCGAUUCGAUCAGCAUAUCAUGAGACUGUCCGGGUCCGCAAGACAGCAGAGUUCCGAGCUGUCCUUUCCUCGACUCAGCCUGGAGGGUCGUUAAUGCCACACUCCCGCGCUGAUCCCAGUGGGCCGCUCGCGAAGAAGGAGCGACUUGAACGCUUCGAUCGAUUUGUGCGUAGCUGGUGCUCCCAAGGGCUACCUGGGACGAACGCUUUAUUUGAAGGACUUUGGGUCUUGAUGCGGCUUCAAGUCGUUCCUGAACACUUGGGUGGGGCGGGAGCGAGACGUAUACAGUGGGAGAUUGACGAUGCUGUAUUUCAAGAAGCAGCUGGUAAAGACUUUAUGCUCGAAGCUAUUGAUGUCCUCAAAGGAGUUUUGGGCUUUGAAGAGAACCCUUCCAGCCGCACAUCGACAUCAUCUGGCAUCUCCCAGGGGUAUGGUGCCCUCCCGCCGCUUCAUUCACGAUCGCAAUCCCAACCACUGCAGUCUAAAGACACCGAUUCUUCUGCCGGGACCGGUGAAGCUUCGCGUCCGCCACUCAAGCGCAUGCGCGCGCCCAGUGAUCCCUUCUUAGACACUCCCGAUCUCUCGCACUCCUUCAACUCCUCUAGCACGCAAUCAUCUUCGGCACAACCGUCUUCUCUUGCACCUUCGAAGUCUCCAUCCGAAGGGAUUGACGAGCCGCCGAGUCCAUUGACGCCUCCCACCGAGAUAGACGAUCUGUUUCCGAAGGUGCCACCUGAUUACCGUGACGAGCAGAAAGUCUAUCUGCGCAUCUGGACCUCCCCAGAUCUGGCAAACCCUGAGCUGCUGGCCUUGCUCAAGGUUUUCCCCACUUUUAUUUCCAGGCGAACUCUACCCCGUUUCUCGCCGGCUGCGUCCUCCCGCCGCAUUCCAGAUGUCGAAGAAGGUGGCGUGGACGACGCUGACGAGUCGGAAAAUGCUAUUCGCGCUGGUACUGGAAGAAUGUGGUUGAGCUCCCGUCCGCGAAGUGGCGAUUGGGCGGGAGGCUGGUGGUCGCGGUUUGUGCUUUGGUGGCGAAGACUGUUCUGCUAGAGAAGUACGUUCUAGAUGUGGUGUACCUUUUUAUUGACCCUGUCUGGGCACUUUCACGACCUUGCAUCUCGGACUUUCAUGCAUCGUUUUGCCUGGUUUUCUGUACUACAUUUUUAUCUGGUUCUGACGAGCGAAUUUUCGAACGAGAUUCAACCCUCUUUUUUUCCUUCCCUCGCGCCGCCUGUCCAUGUGGUGCUUCCAUACCUUCCAUUGUGCAAUGCUACCCCCGUCCUCCGUAGGUUCAGCUGUGUUCGUCUUGUUUUGCAUCAUCUUCACAACGUCUAUCAUUCGUCAAUCGUGUUUUGCUACACAGACCGUCGGAAUGCCGUUAAUCUCUCAGGCGCGUAGGACCAUUCACUUCUACAACUUCUAUACACGUCUUCUUCUGAUAGGCUUCUGCGCAGAAUUGUC